AUGCUAUUCCCCCGUCAUCUUGUAGCCCUCGCUACUCUGGUCGCUGCUGGCCCCUCGCAGGCACAGGUCUUGAUCAGCGAGCUUAGCUUUGGUCAUUCCGGACGUCUGGGUGCCGACGACGGAAAGAUCCCACAUUUCACAAUCACGGGUCAGCCUCAGCAGCCGCAGCUCCUUUCCAACAAAAUUAUCCUCACGCCGAUGGAUCCGGGCAACCAGCGAUCGUCGAUUUGGUCAGAUUCACCUCUCACGCGCUCAACUUGGGUGGCUGACGUAGACUUCCGUGCAAGCGGACCGGACCGAGCAGGUGGUAACCUGAACAUUUGGUUUGCAAGGCGAGGCAAGGAGGAAGUUGGUACUAAUAGCGUCUAUACGGCGGGUAAAUUCGACGGUCUGGCACUGGUUAUUGACACACAUGGUGGUUCCGGUGGCAUGAUCCGUGGUUUCUUGAACGACGGUACCGUCGACUACGUGUCACAGCCCAAUGUGGACAGGCUUGCAUUCGGACAGUGCAACUAUUUCUACCGAAAUCUUGGCCGACCAUCACAAAUCAAGCUCCGGCAGACGGCUUCUAGUUUCAAAGUCGAAAUUGAUGGCCGCACCUGCUUCGAGACGGACAAGGUUUCACUGCCUCCUGGGUACUACUUUGGUAUCACUGCAGCUACGCCCGAAACACCUGACUCUUUCGAAAUCUUCAAGCUCGUUGUCAUGUCUGAUUCGACUGUGUCUGGGGACAACAAUCAAUUCCAGUACAAUUCUCGACAGCAUCAACCUGACAACAACCAAGGACAGAAAGCACAGGAGAACAAGAACGAUGACUUUGGCAACGCAAUCCCCGACCAAUCUGCUGACAUCUUCCAGACGUCCAAGGAGCAGUUCGCAGACCUUCAUAACCGUCUCCAAGCUGCUACUCACCAGAUAAGCGGAGUGUAUAACGCCGUUUCUAAACACCACCAAAUGGACGAGGUCCGGCACGAGGAAAUGAAGAAGGCAUUUGACUCUCUUCGUCACGAGCUCGCAGCUCUUCGACAAAUCGGUGAUCUGCAAUCCAAGAUCAGGGAAUUAGAGUCCGAAAUCCACAGCAUGCACCACGAUAUGAGGCAGAAGCUGGAGGCUCACGGCGAAUCCUUUGAAACCAACCUGCGCAACCACCACCGAUCUCUCUCUGCGGCUUUAAGUGACAGCAUUCCCGGCCAUGGUAAAUUGAUGGUGUUCUUUGUGGGUACGCAAAUUGUUCUUGUGGCUGGGUAUGUGGUGUAUAAACGCCGUAGAGCGAGUAGCCCCAAGAAGUAUUUGUAA